GCCCCUGCCAGUCCGGCAGUCCCCCAGCUCUCGCAGCGAUGGCCCUAAGAUACUUCAUCAAUGUCCUGAAAAGUCGUCGGAACCCCUCGAGGAUCAACACGUUCUUGAUGAGAUCCUACUCCGCCUACGGAAGGUUCGUCAAGAAGGACCUCUUCUCAAGAAUCAGCCCCAUCGGCGACCCGAACCAGAGCGUCGCGCCGGUUCUUGAUAAGUGGGUCGAGGAGGGCAACAAAGUCAAGGGCUUUGACCUCAAGAGCAUCAUUCGCGACCUCCGAUCUCGUAGACGAUAUACCCAUGCCCUUCAGGUUUCUGAGUGGAUGAGCAGCAAGACAGAAGGGUUCUUAACGCCAGCGGACCAUGCUCUGAAGCUAGAUCUAAUUGGUAAAGUGCAAGGGGUGGAUGUUGCAGAAAAUUAUUUUAAUAGCUUAAGGGAUCAAGACAGAGUCGAGAAAACAUAUGGUGCUCUUCUGAAUUGUUAUGUCAGGGAUUGCGCUGCUGAUAAAUCUCUUUCCCUUCUGCAAAAAAUGAAGGAGAUGGGUUAUGCUUCGACUGCUCUGACGUACAAUUGUGAAAUGUGCCUCUACACAAACAUUGGCCAGCUCGAAAAGGUUCCCAACGUGCUUUCAGAAAUGAAGGAAGCCAAUAUUUCUCCCGAUAACUUCAGCUACAGAAUUUGCUUGAGUUCUUACGGUGCAAGAUCUGAUCUGGACAAUAUGGAGGAUCUUCUGAAAGAAAUGGAGCACCUACAGCAUGUGUCCGUGGACUGGUCCACUUAUGCAGUUGUGGCUAAUCAUUUCAUAAAAGCUGGCAUCAAAGAAAAAGCUCUGAUUUAUCUGAGAAAAUGUGAAGAGAAUGUGCAAAGAGACUCACCUGGAUAUAACCAUUUAAUUUCACUCUACGCAAGUCUUGGGAACUGCAAGGAAGCGAAGAGGUUGUGGGCCCUUAGAAAAGCCAAUCGCAAGAGGCAGUCGAACAAAGAUUACAUUACAGUGCUAGGUUCCUUAGUGAAGCUUGGGGAGAUAGAAGAGGCUGAGAAAUUGCUUCGCGAAUGGGAAGGGUCUUGUGAAUUCUACGAUUUCCGCGUGCCAAAUACUCUCCUUAUUGGAUACUGUCAGAAGGGAUGGCCUGAAAAGGCCGAGCAAAUGCUACGUGGCAUUGUCAAGCAAGGGAAAACUGCCAUACCAAACAGUUGGUCCAUUGUUGCGGCAGGUUACGUAGACAAGGAUAACAUGGAGAAGGCAUUUGAGUGCAUGAAAGAAGCCCUGGCUUUACAGUCCCAAAGCAAAGCAUGGCAACCAAAAACCCAGGUGGUCUCAAUCAUACUGAAUUGGGUUAAAGUGAACAGAGCCAAUGAAGUAGAAUCGUUCCUAAGUUCAUUGAACACUGUACCGAGCUUCGAUCAAAAGACAAUCGAUCUGUGGGAGAUGGUCAGUGCUGAUGGCUCCAAUGAGGAUAUUAUGCAAGAGAAGAACCUUUAAACGGAAAAAAGGUUGGAUAUAAUAAACAAAACGGUUAUGUUCAGGAUUCAGAAAACCGGUCGGUAUAUCUUUCAAUCUGCUUGUUGAUGUUCCACAUUUCGGUGUCCCGUUGUGAGCUGAGAAGAAGAGUGCCUAUUCCUGGAAAAUGUCUGCGCUUUCUCUUUCUCUCUAGUAUAGUUUUUAAUGUUCUGCGAUAGCACUUUCACUUUUGCUUUUGCCAGGGACAUUGUUGCCGCGUCUCCUCCCGUAUAAAGCAUUGCUGCCAUUUCCUUUGCUACCGCUUCGUCACUGACGUCACAACACUCGCGGUUACUUUGCAAUCACCGACUUUUAGGAUUUAUAAUUGGUGAGCUACAACGCAGGAAAGCAUUCCUUCACUAUUCUUGGAUGGAAGUGUGGAAGAGAAGCGACGGUCGGUAUUUGCUUUCACUUUAUAUGUAUCCGAUGCAGUAGUCUGUGACACGACACUGUAAACAAUGCGCCCCGAAAUGCCGAGACAAAAGGCGAACCGUGGCUAGGGUUUCGAUGCAUGGAAGGAAGAGGAGAACAUAUUGCCGAAUGCAGCAGCCAUCAAAGAAGAGAAUGCAGGACCCAGGAUUCAUGGAAGAACAAUGGGGAAAAAACACUGUUGUGUCAAUCACUUUCCUAUUGUCCUAGUUUUCCUCCUUGUUGUAAGUGAAUGAUAUGAGUAUUGUGUGGUUUCUUGUUCCCUGAAUAGAUUCAAUGGACUUCAAAGAAAUCACCGUUUUUUCUCAAUAUCUACUCAUUGCCAUGACAUGGUUUGAUGCAAAUACUGCUGAUUUCUUUUUUC